AUGAGCACACAGAACCUUCAACAGAAAGCACACUCUACACUGGAUACCGCGCAGGGGAGUGUGGGCUACUCGCGGCUUACGGCGCUGGAGGAAGAGGGGCUGGUCAACCUUUCGAGGUUGCCCUUCUCCAUCCGCGUGUUGCUGGAGAACGCACUGCGCAAUCUGGACGGCUACCUGGUCACGGAAGAGGACGUAAUGGCGGUCGCCAGCUGGGAGCCGAAGUCGCAGUCGUCCCGGGAGUUCCCAUUCAUGCCGUCCCGUGUGCUUAUGCAGGACUUCACUGGGGUGCCGGCCGUCGUGGAUCUGGCUGCCAUGCGAUCCGCCAUUGCCAGGUCAGGCGGCGACCACAACAAGGUCAACCCCAUCGUGCCGGUGGACCUGGUGAUAGACCACUCAGUACAGGUUGACUUCUUUGGCGUUCCCACCGCAUUCCAGCUCAACGUUGAGCGGGAGUUCGAGCGCAACACGGAGCGGUACACCUUCCUCCGCUGGGCGCAGAAGGCCUUCGAUAACUUCUCGGUAGUGCCGCCUGGGACUGGCAUAGUCCACCAGGUCAAUCUUGAAUACCUGGCCAAGGUUGUUACGACCCGCGAAUCGGAUGCCGGUUUGAUGGUUUUCCCCGAUACUGUGGUGGGGACGGACUCCCACACCACCAUGAUCAACGGACUGAGCGUCCUUGGCUGGGGCGUCGGACGCAUCGAGGCGGAGGCUGUGCUGCUGGGCCAGCCCUACUACAUGCAGCUUCCGGAGGUCAUCGGCGUCAAGCUGACUGGCGCCCUGCGAGAGGGCGUCACGGCCACAGACCUGGUCCUCACGGUGACCCAGAUCCUCAGGGAGAAGGGCGUCGUCGAGAAGUUCGUGGAGUUCUACGGCAGCGGAUUGAGCAACCUGCCUCUGCCGGACAGGGCGACCAUCGCCACAUGUCUCCUGAGUACGGAGCGACCUGCGGUUUCUUCCCAAUCGAUGCUGUUACCCUGGAGUACCUGCGAGGCACCGGGCGUGGACGCAGACCAGGUGGAACUGGUGGAGCGAUACGCCAAGGCGCAGGGCAUCUUCCGCACCGACGACACACCCGACCCUAGUGUACACAGAUUCAUGGAGCUGGACAUGGGCGAAGUUAUACCGAGCCUGGCCGGUCCAAAGAGGCCCCAGGACCGUGUGGUCCUGAGCGAUAUGAGGGAUGCCUUCCACUCCAACUUUGGAGAGCAGGGUCGAUCUGCUACGCUGACCCUGGACGGUCAGGAGGAGUCGCUGGAGAACGGGAAGGUGGUUAUAGCUGCCAUCACAAGCUGCACCAACACCUCCAACCCGUCGGUGAUGGUGGGCUCCGGGCUGCUGGCGAAGAAGGCCGUAGAGCGCGGCCUGACCAGGAAGCCCUGGGUGAAGACCAGCAUGGCCCCCGGCUCCCAGGUGGUCACCGACUACAUGGACUCCGCCGGCCUGACACCGUACCUAGAAGACCUGGGGUUCCACAACGUCGGAUACGGCUGCACCACGUGCAUCGGCAACAGCGGCCCGUUGCCUGAGCCGGUAUCCGACGCCAUCAGGGAGGGUGACCUGGCAGUCGCCGCCGUUCUGAGCGGCAACCGCAACUUCGAAGGCAGGGUGCACGCGGAUGUGAAAGCCAACUACCUGGCCUCGCCGAUGCUGGUGGUGGCCUACGCCCUGGCAGGCACGGUGGACAUCGACCUCACCACAGAUCCAAUCGGGCAGGACAGCCAGGGCAAUCCCGUCUACUUGCAGGACAUCUGGCCCAGCCAGGCGGAGAUCCGGGAGACCGUCUCCAGCUCACUCAACCCGGAGAUGUUCAAGGAACGGUACGGCAACGUCUCAGUCGGGCCGGAUGAGUGGAACAGUCUGCCGGUGCCGGAGGGCGCUCUGUACCUCUGGGACGAGGACUCCACCUACAUCCAGGAGGUGCCCUUCUUCAAGGACUUCGGCGGCGAAAUCGAUGGAGCCCAUGGACAUCACGGGCGCUCGCGUUCUGGAGGCGACUGGACGGUCUACUAUCCGGAGAACGAGGAGACCAGCAUCUACGAGGCGGGCGAGAAGUACCAGGCCGCAGACAUCCCGACCAUAGUCAUCGCCGGCAGGGAGUACGGCGCCGGCAGCUCGCGGGACUGGGCGGCCAAAGGCCCCAUCCUGCUGGGCGUGAAGGCGGCCAUCGCCGAGAGCUACGAGCGCAUACAUCGCAGCAAUCUGAUAGGCAUGGGCGUGCUUCCCCUUCAGUUCAAGUCCGGAGAGAGCGCGGCGAGCCUGGGCUGA